AUGGCAUUGUGGUGGAAAGUGUUUUCCCUCGCAACCAUGUGGUUGCUUGCUGCUGCCCAAAAUCACGACCGCACAAUGUCGCGAAUGGUGCGUGACGUAAUCGAAGCAGGCGGUAACGGCCAACGAUCAAUCUCGACGACGACGGUGGCGGUCAGUACGAACACCACCACCGCGCCCGAUACGACGACGGACGAUGGUGAUCCGAGCUGCACCAACGUGGACAUCCGGAACGAUCUGCGGCGCCUGAAGCAGAUCGAAAACUGCACCGUAAUCAAUGGCUUCCUGCAGAUGGUGCUGAUCGAGCGCGUGCCGAGCGAGGAGUUUGAAAAGUACAGCUGCAAGCACCUGAGAGAGGUAACGGGGUACAUGCUGUUCUUUCGCGUCAUCAAUCUCGUGACGCUGCGGCGACUAUUUCCGCAGCUGGCGGUCAUCCGCGGACAGCAGCUGAUCGGCAACUAUGCGCUGGUGUUUUACUACAUGGAGAACAUGAUCGAGCUUGGACUGAAGAACCUGGUAGCGAUCCAGCGCGGCUUCGUGUACACACUGCACUGCCCUCAGCUAUGCCAUCUAGAUACGAUUGAUUGGGCCGCUAUCAGUGGCCUGGAGAAUGGUACGAAAAGCCAGAACUCGUUCGAACCGCCCAAAUCGGUGUGCAACAACUCGACGGUGUGCCGGGCCUGCGUACCGACCUACUGCUGGGGCAGCGAAAGCUGCCAAAAGUUCUAUAAUGGCUACAAUUUCAAUGGUCGCAUCAAGUGUCACCCACAGUGCCUGGGAGGGUGUACUGGAACGUCCGCGACCGAGUGUAAGGUGUGCCGGGGUUGGAAGGAAGGCAAACGAUGCGUCGAACAGUGUUCCGCUGAUCGCCUACUGUACCGCCCAACGAAGCGUUGCAUCACGAAAGAAACCUGUCUGGAGCGGAGCGGGCUGCUGUACCAGAACGAGUGUGUGCUCGAGUGCCCGGCCGGCUACAGUACGACCAACGUAGACCAGGAGCAGGCCGAUUUUUCCGACCACAAGUGCUACCCCUGUCUGUACCGGUGCCCGAAGGUGUGCGACGGCACCGAGAUUAUGUAUCUGGCCGAUGCCGAUCGGAUGCGCGGCUGCACGAUCGUGAACGGUACGCUGCACAUCCGGCUGAAGGAGGACCACCCGAACCUGGUCGACGAGCUGCGGAACGGGCUGAGCGAUGUGGAGGAAAUUAUGGGCAAUCUGAAGGUGUUCCGCUCCACCUUCAUCCCGUCGCUCGAGUUUCUCGCCAACCUGCAGAUCAUCCACGGGGUGGACGUGAACGAGAACGCCAAGUUUUCGCUGAUGGUGUACGAAAACAGCAACCUGCAGCGGCUGUGGAACUUUGAGCAGAAAACGAACCUCCGGCUGGACAACGGCGGCAUGUACUUCGCCAACAACAAGCUGCUGUGCGGUGCGCAAAUCAAGCUGCUGCGCCGCAUCACCGACUACAACAAUGCGAGCGACACGAUCGACUGGAGCUCGAACGGGUACAUGCAAGCGUGCAACGUGCAAACGUUCCACGUCCGCGCGUCUGUCCUGUCGAGCCGGAACGCGACGCUCUACUGGCGGAACGAGCCCAACAUCAAGACGCACCACCGGCUGACGGGCUACCUGGUCCACUGCAUCCGCACGGAGGUGGACCGCUCGCCGUACGAGGACCGGGAGCUCUGCUCCAAGUUUGGCUGGAAGUCGCGGCUGGUGCCGCUGGAGGGCGUCAGCAUCGAGGGCAGCUACUACGCGUACCGUCUGACCCGGCUGAAGCCGUACACCCGGUAUGGGUGCUACGUGCAGACGUACUACAACGAGUCGGUCAACAAUGCGACCGACCCGGUGGGCAUGUCCGACAUGGUGUACUUCCGCACGGCCAAGGACCGGCCGACGUCGCCGCUGCGCGUGCACACGGCGCGCAAGAACGAGAGCGCGAUCACGCUUGCCUGGGCGAUACUGGCGUCCGAGCAGGGCAUGGUGUCGCUGUACCAGGUGGACGUGUUCCUGCAGCCGGACGAGGUGGCCAAGUUCGACCGGCGCAACUACUGCACGCAUCCGCAUCAGGCGAGGAGCGUGCACAGUGAGCAGGCGCCGGGUGAGGGAAGCUGCACCCGGGACACGUGCUGGGGCUGCGAUCAGUUCGAGUACGAACAGGAGCUGGAAGAGGAGGAGGAAGAGGAAGAGGAUGAGGAUGAUGAGCUGACCACACCGGAUGACUUUUUUGCCGAGCACACGUCGUCGGAGGAUGGGGGUCGUAUUGGAGGGCGCCGGAGGAAGCGUUCCACCGAACGAACUGGCCGCCGCCAGGUGGAUGACUUCGAGGCGAGCAUGCUGAAGUUGCUCAAGGUGGCCGACAGGCACGAGGAUCAUUACGCGCGGCGUAUGCGCCGCGACGCAGCAACGGAGAUCGAGUUUGUGAAUCGACUCUUUUACCACACCUUCACGACGGACAACUACGAGUACACGGUGGCGGGGCUGAGUCCGUUCACGCGCUACGUGUUCCAACUGUUUGCGUGCAGCGAGAACGAUGCCGUGUACUGCAGCUCGUACAGUCUGUACACCGAUCGGACCAACCCGUCGCCGUACGUCGAUCGGGUUAAUGUGAGCGUUGAAAUGAAGGAGCAAGAGAUGGCACCAACUGGCCCCGAACUGAUGGCACCUAAAAACCACAGCUCCGAGGAAGGAAACACGACCGCCACCAUCACCACCACAACGACGCCCCCUGUCUCGAUCGUAAAGACGACGUACGGCGAUCGUAUCGUGCUGUACUUUCCCGAACCGACCGAAGUGAACGGUCUCACCGUGGCUUACCGCGUCGAGCGGGAAGUUAUCAAUGGGACGUACCUGAAGCGGCGCACGGAUUGCUUCACGCGGCUGGAACACGAGCGCAACCAGUAUCGCUACACGAUCCAGGGCGUCACGCCCGGCGAGUAUCUGCUUCGAGUGCAAGCGAUCUCGCUAGCCGGUGCCGGCCCGUUCUCCGAGUGGAUGCUUGUGCGGGUGCUUGAGCCAUUGCCGCGGAAGGCGGUGGGCACUGGGAAAGGGUUGCGCGAUGGAUUGAUUGCGCUGCUCGUGCUGCUACUGUUGGGCGGUGGUGGGGCGCUAGCGUUCUACCUUUGCCGGCGUCGUCGGCGAACGUUCCGGCGGGACGAUAAGAUACCGCUCGCCGUCAACGAUGGCAAUGAGAUCAAUCUGGACGAUGGGUUUGUAAACUGCCCGUUGAAGUAGUAGCGCUCAGUUAACGCAAAGCCCAGAAUGUGCCAAAUAGGUCAAUUGCAUCUCACCAAAGUUUGAUUGCCAUUUUUUGCUAAACAUUUAAGAGUGGAAACGUUUUAUCAUUUAAGUAGCACACAUAGGCAACCGUUUUACGAAGUAAUAGGUUUGCUGUCCCACUUAUCCUGCAGCUCUUCCCUUCAGUGUUUAAUUAAUUGUGUGAUUUUAAACAAUGCAGAUCCUAACAGCGUGUUUUUGAAGGUAAAUUCAAACAUAUAAUCGUCAAACUAACAAACAAUCAUUCUUAGAGGACAGCGACAGGACCUUUGCCAAACAAAACGCUGUUUAAAGAUUAGAUAGGAACAAAAUUAUAAUAAGCAAUAAGAGACGAACAGGAAAAGGGAAACGACGAAAGAAAUGCUCGCCUUAUUGGUAGGAAUAUUGCACAUAAAACAGAAAUGGAAUCGAUUUUCAUCUAGACAACGCGUCCCCCUAUCAGCAAGGAAACAUCUUGAGUAUCCUCUUACACUGGUGGACAUAAAAAUAGGAACUUUUUUCUGUGACCGAAAGACAUAGUUCUUGUCAGAAAUAUUUGGUAGCCCUGAAAAGGACUGUUUAAGUGGUUGUUGGGAGGAGGUGUUGCAGUGUUCCACUGAGCGAAAACACAUUCUAACGGUCAAUCUGGUGACCGUUAUUCGCUAUCACUUCCUGACAGCGUUUGGCCAUAUCGCCGAUGAGAUUACGGCAUUCGCUUCUGUCUAUGCGUUCCCACAUAACCUUGCAGCGUGUCCAUAGAUCAUCGGCUGAACGUGCAGGCUGGUUCUUAAGCUGACGCUUGAGAGUUGACCACAGAUUUUCAAUUGGGUUGAGGUCAGGACUCAACGCAGGCCACGGUAGAACUUGCACAUCCUGGUUUGCCAAAUAACAUUUAACUGUUCGCGAUGUGUGCUUAGAGUCGUUAUCAUGCUGAAAGAUGUAAUGCUCUUCGUCUCCGAAUUGUUGUCGGGCGUAUGGCAACAUCUUACGACUAAGUAUUUUUCUAUACCCUUCCGAGUUCAGUGUCCCGUUGAUACGGAACAAAGGACCCGUGCCGUGCCAGGAGAAGCAACCCCACACCAUUACGUGGCCGCCUCCGUGACUAAGGGUUUUUAUCGUAUUUUUCGGAUGAUACGCCUGAUUAGGAAAGCGCCAGACGUAUUUAAUGCCGUCCGAACCAUCCAGAUUGAUUCUGGACUCAUCCGAAAAAAUGAUUUUGCUCCACCAAAAGAUGGAUGCAGCUAAAUGUUCUUCGGCAAACCGAAUGCGCGCUUCUACGUGGUGCGGCUGCAGCUUACGAACCUUCCUCGGUCUCCGGGCACAGAAACCAGCGGCGUGUAAACGGCGAGACACCGUUUUCGCCGAAACUUGCAAACCAAGCUCCUGCUUGAUACGAGUGCAAGUUUUGAAAGGAUCCGCCCUGAUCAUCUCAACAAUCCGCGCGUCAACGUCGGCCGUUGUUUUUCGCGGACGACCUGUCGAUUUACCCGUAGCCUCGCUACGAAUGGCGUUGUCCACAAACGUCCGCGAACGGCCGAACGCCUUGCAGAUUGUCUUGAUUGGCACGUUCUCACGAUACAGCCCCUGAAUGUGUUUUCGCUCCUCUGGUGUGCAGUGCUUUCCGCGACCCAUGAUGAUUUUGUGGAAUUUUUAAACAGCAACCUUUCACCUUGACCACUGAUGGAAGAAUGAAGCACAACUCGGUUUGGCUCUCCUUUUAUACUGCCGCAAAACGCUGCCGGCACUCAAAACUCAGAUAAGUAGCGCACCAAAAAUGAGAGUAUAAAAGGCAAAAUUCGGCUAUUGCAAAUUCAGUACGCCUCGAACUGUUGGCGAUGACACACCUAGUGUAUGCAAAAAAAACACACAAAAUUUUUUUUCCUAUUUUAAUGUCCACCAGUGUACCUUGUACAAACAAGCCUUUUUCUAGAUCUAGAUCAACUCUCUGUCAUUAGUUCUACUAAUAGACUAAACCUUUCUAUUUCGUUACUUUAUUGAUUUUACCCAUGGCAGGAUCGUCACAGACUCGCGUAUGAAAGGCUCUCGAGCGGUUUAUACGGACUUACAAGCCCAAAACAAACCGCUAUGACCACACUGAGUAGGUCAUAACAACCAACGAGGAGAAAAUUGUACAAAAAACAUACAGCUAGAUUGCUUUCUACAAAUCAAAGACUUGCACCUUCAUGUCAAAUAGGGUUAAUUAGUAAUCACGCAUCGGUUACCACAGUAUACUCAAAUUUAUUCAUUUUUUUUAAUUUUUAUAUUAAAGUAAACAAAUUUUAUAUUCAAACAUGUAUUGUAAGAUACACGGUUUUCCAGGAGUUCUCAUAGCUGUGGGACAGUUUAUUGACACUAUUUCUUACGUGAAAUGUACGUAAUAUAAUGGGAAUUGGACUCUAUGGCACUCCUGCUUGCCAAAUCCAAUAAGAUUUUGAACUGGCAUAGAGGGCCAUAAAGUCCAAUUCCCUAAGGAAUUCCUAAGGAGUUUGUCCAAAUAGGGUGCCAUAGAGUCCAAUUUCCAUCUUAUGACGUUCACUUCCUAUAAGGAAGUGUCCCACAACUAUGAGAGACCCCUGGAAAACCCUGUAAACAAUCAAAGACAAGCCAAAAUAGGCAUUUACAUGAAACCAAAUAUUCAAAUUCGAAUGUCACAAUGUGUGGAAUGUUGCAUUCUUCCUUGAUUUUGUUUUAAAUAUCAUUCCUAUUUUAGCAUCCCUGUGAAUGGCUCAAUAGCGGACACCACUACUCUAGGGUAAAGUUAAAUAAAAUGUAGUUUUGCUCUAUUUCUCCCCACAAUAA